AUGACACAAGAAUACCAAAGCCUUAUUGAAAACGAGUUUGGACCAGACACUGGAACUUCAAAUGAAUCUCCACAGUCCCCUGAUUUGAGGAUCAUUUUAGUGGGUAAAACUGGAUCAGGGAAGAGUUCAACAGGAAACACCAUCCUGGGUGCAAACAUUUUUACAGCACGACGUGCAUUACAAUCUGUGACUAAGCAAUCUGAGAGAGGAUACAGAGAAAUCGAAGGAAGAACCAUCUCAGUGAUUGACACCCCUGGAAUAUUUGAUACCUCAAUGAGUAAUGAUGAAAUGAAAGCUGAAAUUGUCAGGUGUAUUUACAUGUCAGCCCCUGGACCCCAUGUGUUUCUUGUGGUUAUCAGGUCAGAUGUAAGAUUUACAGAGGAGGAGAAGAAAUCUGUAGAGUGGAUUAAGCAGAACUUUGGUAAAGAAGCAUCAAAUUAUAUCAUCAUACUAUUCACCCAUGCUGAACAAACAGAGAAUGAAGAAGUGGAUGAUUGGAUGAGAGAAAAUGCAGAUCUCAAGACAUUAGUGGAAAGUUGUGGGAACAGAUACUGUGCAUUCAAAAAUAUGGCAGAAUCAGAUGAGUCACAGGUCACAGUCCUACUGGAGAAGAUAGAUGCUAUGCUAAAGGAUAAUAGAGGGAGGUUUUAUACUAAUGAGAUCUACGAAAAAAUCCAGGCAGAAUUGGAGAGUAGGAGAAAGAUGGAAAAGGCAGAAUUGGAGAGUAAGAGAAGAAUGGAGAAGGCUAAGGAUGUUGCAUUAGGCGUGGCAUCAGCAGUAGGGACAGGAGCAGUCAUAGCAGGAGGAGUAGUUUUGGGUGUGGCUGAGGUGGUGGUGUUACCAGCUGUGGGGAUUGCAGCAGGAGCUGCACUUGCAGACAAUGGAGGGAGGUAUUAUACUAACGAGACCUAUGAAAAAAUCCAGGCAGAAUUGAAGAAUAAUAGAAAAAUAGAGAAGGCUAAGCAUGUUGCAUUAGGUGUGGCAUUAGCAGUGGGGACAGGAGCAGUCAUAGCAGGAGGAGUAGUUUUGGGUGUAACAGAGGCUGUGGUGUUACCAGCUGUAGGGAUUGCAGCAGGAACUGCAGUCGCAGUAGGAACAGCUGCAAGACUCAUUGCGGAAAAGGUUGGAGAAAAGAAGAGAGAUCAGAAUUAA